GCCGAGGGGCUCCCGAGCUGAGCAACCAUCCAACUCAUCCAGGCUUUGUUUCUCUCUUCAGCACACACGCACACGACACCAACUGAAAUCUAGUUAGCUCGGGUGACUCUGCAUCGUCUCAAGCAUCUCCAUGGCUUCCACGGCGGCGGCGGCGUCCAACUUGUGGCUCGGUGGGUUCGCCGCGGCGGUGCGGGGGACGUGGCAGGCGGUGGCGGCCGGCCACGGCGACACGCGGCCGAGCCCCCAGCAGCAGCAGCAGCAGAAGAAGAAGACAGCGGCGGUGCAAGCAGGAGCCGCCGCGGCCGGUGGGAAGGCGGCGGAGGUGGUGGAUGUCGGGAGGUGCGGCGGCGCCAUGUCCGACACCACAGUUUACCUGCUGCUCGACCGGUUCACGCCCAGCUGAUUCGUCGCCGUCGCCGUCGCCGCGACAGCCGGAAGCUAUAUGUGUAAAUAAAUGCUGUAACUACUAGAAUUGAAAUGCCAUCUUGCAUUUUCGCUGGCCGUGAAGGUGGACGCCUGGAAGGCUGAUCCGUUCGCGUUCGGCUCGGCUCGGCCGGCGGCGCGGCGCGCGAUAUAAGAAACACCAGGCCAGGCCCCAUGUGUGCUCGUCACAGAACCUUCUCCCGCGCGCACCGAGUUCAGCUCGGGCUUCACCUGACACCUCCAUGCGACGACGGCGACCAACCUGGCCGACCUGUGGUUUGGCGAGCUCGCCGCGGUGGUGCAGCAGGGGACGUGGCAGGCGACGCCGGCCGGCCGGCCACGGCGACCCGCGGCCCCGCCACGAGCUCGGACGCGAGGAGAAGGCAGCGCAAGGAGCCGGGAGGUGCGGCGGCACCAUGCCCGACGCCACGGCCUACCUGCUGCUCGACCAGCUCGCGCCCGCCGCCGCCGCUGCCGCCGUUGAGAAUCGAGAUGCUUCGAGAAGAAGAAGAAGGCGGCGGCGGCGGCGGCGGCUGAUGAAACGAGGAGGAGGAACGGCACGCGCGCGCACGGGGGGCUUCCGAUGGUCACUAAGACUGGCUUCGCCGCCGUCGCGUCAGGGCACGUCCGCAUCGCGACGGCGACGGCGGAGCUGGAAGGUUUAUCGUCAGCGCAACACGACGACGACCGCGGCACGCGCCGGCCAGGCUGGCAGCUAGCUGAGCCGGCCCCGUUCCGCCUUCCGAUCGACAGCGACCCGGCGGGGGCGGGGCGGACGAAACCGCGGGCUCGGCGCGCCUGCCGUUCCGCUGCCGCUGUCGUGGCCGGCCGCGCGCUGCGCCGUCGACAUCGACGUCUAGAAGCCUGAUCCGUUCGCGCUCGGCUCGGCUGGCGCGCUAUAUGAGCGCGGGCCGGGGUCCAAGCUACUCGCUCACUCACUCAUCAGAGCCAGGCGGGCCAAGUGUUCUCCUCUCCUCCUCGCCGAACCUUUCCCCGCACUCGCCAACUGAAUUCGGCUCAGCUCAGCUCGGGUCGAUCCUCCGAUCGCCAUGUCCUCGACGACGGCGUCCAGCCUGGCCGGCGUGUGGCUCGGCGAGCUAGCCGCGGCGGUGCAGGGCGGGUGGCAGGCGCUGGCGGCCAGCCACGGGGGGCAGCAGCACCAGCAGAGGAAGCUGAGAGCCGGUCCUGGCGAGCAGAAGCACAAGGCGCCGGCGCCGGCGGGAGCAGCGGCCGCCCAGCUGAGCUCAGCUGCGGUGGCGGCCUCGCCCGCGCUCCGGCGAUCUGUACAGGCAGAAUAAUGGCAGCCGAUCGCCGUGUAAAUGCUGUGGAUUGUAAUGCCAUCUUGGCAUCUUGCUGCCGGCUGUUCACUUCCCCCAUUUCUUGCGCUCCAUGGGCGCAACUG